AUGUCUUUCUCCCGCGCCAUCGCUUUCGCCAUCGUUGCCACCCCCCUCCUUGCGGUCGCCACCCCCCUCGAGGCUCGCCAGACCUGCUCCACCGGAGCCAUCCAGUGUUGCCAGCAGACCACCACUGCCAACUCUGCUUCGGCCGCCGCCAUCCUGGGCCUGCUCGGCAUUGUUCUGCAGGACUUGAACGUCCCCGUCGGUCUCACCUGCUCCCCCAUCAGCGUUGUUGGCGUUGGAAGCGGCAACGGCUGCUCCGCCAACGCGGUCUGCUGCGAGGACAACAGCCACGGCGGCCUCAUCUCCAUCGGCUGCCUUCCGGUCAGCCUUUGA